GCUUUAAAUAUUCCCGUUGUUUCUUCCCACCCGUCCUCACUCAUCUCUGUUCGACCAGCAGACACAGCCCCUCGGCGUUAACCAUGUUUUAGUAGCUCAGCUAGCUUUCUAACUCAGACUACAAGCCUUGAAACAACCCUAUCUGGCGGACAACCGCUCCCUCCUCGUCCGUUUUGUACCGCAAGAUUCCACUUCCAACACCGGUCCUUCUCGGGGAGAAAAAGCGCCGACUGGGCUUCGUUGCGGAAAAUAAGGGGGUAGUGGAGAAGAGGACUGGACUCAAGCCGGGCGUGGUAGCAAGAAAAAAACUCAUCUUUUGUUGGUGAAACUUCAAAAAGUAGCAGCAAUUAUGUCGCUGUCGGUGCCGCAGAACGGAGUCAAGGCGGAUAGUGAACCCGUUAUCGAGCUGUUUGUGAAGGCUGGAAGUGAUGGAGAGAGCAUCGGGAACUGUCCCUUCUCACAGAGGCUCUUCAUGAUCCUGUGGCUCAAAGGAGUAGUCUUCAAUGUCACCACAGUGGACCUCAAGAGGAAGCCUGCUGACCUCCAGAAUCUGGCUCCAGGCACACACCCGCCUUUCAUCACAUUCAACGGCGAGGUCAAAACCGAUGUCAAUAAGAUAGAGGAGUUCCUUGAAGAUGUUCUCUGUCCACCCAAGUACAUCAAGCUUGGUGCGCGGCACCCUGAGUCAAACACGACUGGCAUGGACAUCUUUGCCAAGUUUUCAGCUUACAUUAAGAACUCAAAGCCAGAUGGAAAUGAAGCUCUGGAGCGUGGACUGCUGAAGACUUUGCAGAAACUAGAUGAAUAUCUUCGCUCGCCACUGCCUGAUGAGAUCGACCACAACAGCAUUGAGGAUGUCAAGGUCUCCAACCGCAAGUUUCUGGACGGAGAUGAAAUGACCCUGGCUGACUGUAACCUGCUGCCUAAGCUGCACAUUGUGAAGGUGGUGACCAAGAAGUACAGAGGUUUUGACAUCCCCAAAGAGAUGACGGCCAUCUGGAAGUACCUGAACAACGCCUACACACGCGAAGAGUUCACCAACACCUGCCCCAGUGACAAGGAGAUCGAAAUCGCCUACGCAGACGUAGCCAAGAGGCUGGUCAAAUAAGCUCCUUUUUUUCUGACCUCCUCCCUCCAUCCCUUGCACCGUAACGCCUCGCUACACCUCCAUGUCUCCUCUCCAGCACCUGGACUGAUGUGCUCAUUCAUGAGAAAGACUCUGGACUUCUUUCCUUCUCUAUUCCAUUUAGAGCAAAACCCCAACGCACGGUCAUUUUGUUUCCCCUCUUUAGUCUCCGGUUUUAUGAAGAUUUCUUUAGUUGAUUCAGCAAAGGUCACCAUUGUCCCAUCUUUCUCAUUAAUUGCCUUUUUUCCCAAUUUCCUAUGAAUGUUGUGACAUGUUGAAAGCAAAGAAAACCAGUCGGAUAUGAGAGCCUGCAUGUGCACCAGUGCUUAUCAGUGUUGGGAGUCUCGUCAGAUGCGCUCCCCGAUAAGUGACCUUCGAGUUGGCCUUCUCUUUGCCUGCAGAGAAAAGGCCACAAGCUGUUGAUUUUCUGUUGUCUGUUAAAUAUUGAAGUUGCUUUUUCUAGGAAUACUAUAAAAUGAACACUGAGAAGCUUUGUUUCCCUGUCUUUUGGUUUAAGACGCAUUGUAAACAGUGUUGAAGCUCCGUUGCUUCUGGCUCAAGUAUUGCACAGGUUUACACAGAAGCUACAGCUAAUCCAAACCUGAGUGGUCGGCAUAUCAAGUGAGAGAUGCUUUAUUUUAAUUUUGCUGUUAAAAAUAAAUAAGUGUAAGUGCAGGUAAGGCCACUUGGUGUACCUGCUCUGAUUUCCUUCUUGCCUCCGACAGGCAAAAAUCUUGUAGCUCAGCACAGUAGAAAUGUAGGAAAAUUAUAACAACUAAAGAAAAAUAAAACCAAGGUUGAUGAAAGAUCUAUACAUAUGUAGCUUUCAGAUCUGCUUUGGACUGGUCUUUUGGCAGUCAUCAUAUCACCAAUAACAGUGUCCAUGUAGACACUGACACACUGAGCACUACUAUUCAUUUUCCAGAGAAGCCAGCCGUCUCUUCUGUCAUCCAGCAUGUGUUCUCUAGCAGUAGCAGUAGUUGGGAUUACAUAUUGCGGACCAAAAAGGGGCACAUUAUUUUGUUCUCACUGUGGAUAGGAACUAAUGAAAUCAAGGCGAAUAAACACAGUCUCAUUGUCAUUUUCUCCAUAACCUACAGAUGGAGGGACACUAAAGUGCGGUCAGGCACCAGGAAAGGUGACACUAAAGAUAUUUAUGACAAAUUUCACUUUCUCUUCGGUAUGUAGAUCGAUUUCUAAGGUAGUGAAUGUAUGUUAUUGAUACAGUAGCUCCAAAAGUGCUUUAGUACGAAUAAAGCAAAACCACAUUUUGUUUUCUCCUGUUUUGUUAUGAAAGAAAUUUGAUAAGAAAAAAAGGAAUUGUAAAUAUUUGUUGUGAUUGCUCAGAAUUCAAUGUGUAAAGUUUAUACAUUUCAUCAGAAUUUUGAGACAAUGGGCCAUUUCUUGCCUGCUUGGAUUUUAAUUGGAGAUAAACACCUGCUCUUUGCCUUAUUUUCUCUCUGCUGACAUUUUGCAGGAAGCAUUUUUCAAGAGAUCAUUAAAACAUGAGUGUGACGUUGUACAAAGAAAAAUAUCCAAGCUAUGUCAUGGCUUUUUUUUUAUUAUUAUUAUUAUUUUAACAUUGACUGAACUGAAAUAAACUUCGUAUUGGCACUCA